AUGUUGUGGUCGAUUGUCAAGGUCUCUCGCUGGCUGAUCGCCGAAUGCCGACCCUCUUGCUACUGGCAGCGGAGCACAUUAAGAAAAGGGCACAAAUCGGACAAAAAAAUAAUAGGGAAAAAUGACAGCACGCUGCUUUGGUUUCUGUUCUUCCCAGAAGCUCACGCGUCCAAGAAACUGCGUAAAAGAAUCCGGGGAAAAAGAUCAACAGACCGUCGAACGGAAGCUGAUCUAAAACGUUGUCCCCAUUGUCCCAAAGCUUUCUCCAACAACCGCAAGCUAAAGCGUCAUAUGAUCUCCCACAGCGACUUACGACCAUACUCAUGCGACAUAUGCUUCAAAAAAUUCAAACGAAAAUACGACAUCACCAUCCACAAAAGAGUCCACAACGGCCCCCUCUUCUUUGCAUGCGACUUGUGCGACAUGAAAUUAAAAUCAAAAGGUUCUCUACUAACCCACCGACGACGCCACCUUAAGGACUAUGUGCAAAUGUGCAAAAUCUGUGACAUCGGCUUCGUCACCAAUCAAGAAUACAACAACCACAUGGGCGCCAAACACGGUACCAGUUCUCAUAUUUGCGACGUUUGCGGUAGAGGGUGUUACGAUAAGGCAUCCCUUCAGAGCCACAUAGCAAAGCAUGAAAAGGGCUACGAAAAUAACAAGUUCAAGUGUGAGUUUUGCGACAAGACGUUUUUGCAAGAGAAGUACUUAAAGCAUCACUUUCGACGCAUACAUAAGGAUGGAGGGCAGAAAUUUAUUUGCGAUUUGUGUGGGAAAAAAGUGAAUUCGAAGACUAGUUUACGAGAUCACUUGAUCAUGCAUUCGGGUUCAAAACCUAUAGAGUGUAAGGAGUGUGGGAAGGGGUUUGCUUUAAAGACAACGUUGAAGGCGCAUAUGAGGAUCCAUACAGGAGAUCGUCCGUAUGUCUGCAAAGAGUGUGGGAAGGCGUUUACCCAGAAAACCGCUUUGACCAUUCAUACGAGGUACCACAGUGGAGAAAGGCCCUACGUUUGUGACAUUUGUUUAGCUGGAUUUGGCAUUUCGCUACCAAAGGGAAUUAUUCUAAAGAAAGUAGAACAUUCUAGACCAACUAAAAAUAAUGUCCGGGUGGUACUAAAUCCCAAAAAUUACGUUCCUGAAGCAAGAAUAGCUCUGAAGAAACCUCAUUCAACCACGACCAAAAUUAAAAACAAACAGUACAUUUGCACUAAAUGUAACAAUCUGUUUUCAACUUUUCUACAAUUAACCCUCCAUGAUGUUACAUGCGUAAAGGAAAAGUAUCCCCAUGUUUGCAAAUACUGUGAUAAAGUCUUUACAUAUUGGAAUAGUUUGAAAGUGCAUUUAGCGCGUCACGAAAAUCAGGAAUAUUGUUGCGAAAAAUGUGGCCGAGUUUUCAGCAACCCGGAAACAAAAGAGAUCCACUCGAGUACAGCACAUACACCAUAUUUCGACGAAAGUUCCAGCGGAGGGUUUCAGUGCAAAUCAUGCGAUGUCAAAACCCAAAAUAAAGCCACAAUGAUUAAUCACGUCAAUUCCACCCAUCAAGUUAUCACUGCCAGUUUAUGUGACAUAUGCGGCAAAUGUUUUAGUAAUCAUAACAAGUUGCUGCGACACAGAAAAGUGCAUAACGACGAAACGCCUUUUGGGUGUCGACAGUGUUUGAAGCGUUUUAAAAACAAAAGUUCUUUGACGACUCAUGUUCUGAGUGUUCACGAAAAACGAAUUUUCAUCUGUGAACAGUGUGGACGAAGUUUUAAAAAGAAAUUUAGUUUGGAAUCUCACCAUAAAGAACAUGCAGGCGACUACGCUUUUCAGUGUCAUAUUUGUGACAAGAAGUUUGGAAACAUCUUUGUUAAAGAAACUAAUUUGUGGCCCGUCUAUUUCCAUAACUCCGAUUGGAAACCGGCUCAAGACCAAGAGUUAAUCGUAGAAAUGGUGGAUUCAAGUGCAGACAUUAAAUUGGAGCCUCAGUCUCCCACUAGUACGAAACCGCCAUCCACUGAAGCUGUACAUUGUGAUGCUUGUGAUGAAACAUACCCUAACAGCGUCGCUUUCGCUUUACAUUCGAUUGUACACAACUCCGACAAUAAGUAUUCUUGUCAUUUUUGUAACUAUCGGAAUGCUUCCAAGUACCACAUCGAAAUGCACAUUAAAGCUCAUGAAGGUACCACCAAGUACAAAUGCGAGAUUUGUCAAAAAGCUUUUACUGUUAGUACUCAUGCUAUCGAACACAAGUACUUCCAUACUGGCGAGAAACCCUUCAAGUGCGAAAUAUGCGGAAAACACUUCAUGUUCUCUUGGUUUCUGACAUCACAUCGUCGCACCCAACACUGGGAAAUAAUGACUGGUACUCCGUUGGUUAAGUACGACUGUACUAUCUGCAACAAACAUUAUACUUCCUCAACUGGGCUAAGAAGGCACAAUAUGAGCAAGCACAAUGAUAGCGGAGUAGACUUUUCGGUACUCUGUGACAUCUGCGGCAAAUGCUUGUCUAGCAAAGAAAAACUGAAGUUCCAUAGGAGAACCCACACUGGUUAUAAACCUUUCGGUUGUGUAAUCUGUGGCAAGAGUUUUUCACGCAAGGAGCAACUGAAGGAACACGAGAGGGUACAUACCGGUGAAAAACCCUUCAUUUGCAAAUUUUGUGGAAAAGGGUUCACACAGAGAUCGCCUUUAAGAAUUCACGAACGAACUCAUACAGGGGAACGUCCAUAUAUUUGUAGAAUUUGCGGGAAAGGGAUAUAUAAAACGGAACCAUACGGUUGUCAAGAAAUCACAGUGAUUACUAUUGACGGUGACAAUGAAGUGCUUGUCAGCAUCCCUACGGAGGACCUUACCACUGUUAAACCCAAGCCAACUAAAGCCAAACCUAAACACACCACGAAACAAACUAUUUUAGAACCUGUCACCACUGGAACAACCGAGCCAUCGUCUUCUGACAAAGUUCCAGGAAUAAAGAAACGCGACCGAGUCGUAUGCCACGAGUGCGGUAUUUUAGUAACUUGGGACUACUUAUCCACCCACAUGUACGAGAUGCACUACUACAUGUCAGACCUCGAAUCACCCAGCGUUCUUUGUUCGGAAUGUGGUACCCUUUGCAAGAACAAACGUGCUCAUGCCAACCACGUAAGAAUACAUUCAUUCUACUGUACCCAGUGUCCUUCCGUUUUCAAAUCAGAGAACGAUUUAGUCAAACAUUCACUCGUACACACCAAAAAGCAGUACGAAUGUAAUAAAUGCGACUUGAGCUUUGAUGACUGUUACGUUUUCAUUCUCCACAAUGAAAGUCAUGAUGCUUCUGGUAACUUCAGUUGUGUGAAGUGUAACUACGUUACUGGUAGCUGUUCAUCAAUGAAGAGACACUUGCAGCAACAUGGGGGGCGUACUGUUCACACUUGCGAUAUAUGCAGCAGGAAGUUCUUCGGAAAGACGAGGUUUGAUGCUCACAUGGAGUUGCAUGCGGGGAUUCCGAAGUAUAGUUGUGAGUACUGUCCGAAGAAAUUCUCUACGAAGAAUUACUUGAAGGUGCACCGAGAGUUGAACCACCAUAAAGAAUUGUAUGGGUAUGAAAUGAGCUAUUCCUGUCGCGAGUGUGGGAGGAAAUUUAAGUUCGAAACGAGUUUGAAGAGGCAUUUGAGUACUAUACAUAAAAUUGGAGAAGAUAGGACUGUAACGUGUAAGAUUUGUUAUAAGAAGAUUGCGAAUAAUUAUAAUUUGAGAGUUCAUAUGAGGUUGCAUACAGGAGAAAAGACGAAUAUGUGUGAAAGUUGUGGAAAGGCUUAUUCUACGUAUAAGUCGUAUAAGAAACAUGUUUUGAAGCACCACCCAAACGUGGAGCCUGUGCCCAAAACUCAGCCAAAGAGUUUACAAUUAGGAAAAGGAGUAACAUGUUAA